AUAAAAAAAAUUGUGGAAAGAGAACAAAUAAAUAAUUGGACACGACACGAUGAGUUUGCCCUAAAGGAUGAACCACAAUCACGCGUUUCCAGCCUCCUUCCUUUGUCAUUUAUAUAUAAAUACACAGAAAACGUUUCUAGCUUAAGUGCCUUUUCUCAUUCUUUCAUCGGCGCAAGCGUUCAUCUUCCUCUCUCAAACGCACGAGAGACAAUCGUAGCUUUUCGUUCGUCCAUCUUACGAGGAAGUUGGCAGUUAAAGCUGCUGGGGUUUUACAUUUUGUCGAAAGUGGAGUGUGAAGAAUCUUUUAUGUCUGAACAGGCUUCUCUCUUUCAAUCGUCUAUACAGCUUUUAGGAGAGUACUGUCCUACUUCCAGGAAGAAGUCCACUCGUCUUGGAUCUUCUUUCGAGGCCUUGAACAACACAAGCAGUUCCAGCGUUCAGUAAUCAAAAUGGCUUUACAAAACAUUGGUGCCUCCAACCGUGACGAUGCCUUCUACAGGUACAAGAUGCCGAGGAUGAUGACCAAGAUCGAAGGUAGAGGUAGCAUCAAGACUAAUGUUGUUAACAUGGUUGAAAUCGCCAAGGCCUUGGGGACUGCUGCUUACACCACCAAGUACUUUGGCUGUGAGCUGGGUGCGCAGUCCAAGUUUGAUGAGAAGACGGGAACAUUGGUUAACGGAGCCCACGACACUUCCAAGCUUGCGGGGCUUCUUGAGAACUUUAUCAAAAAGUAUGUCCAGUGUUAUGGAUGCGGAAACCCCGAAACCGAGAUACUUAUCACCAAGACGCAGAUGCUCCAGCUGAAAUGUGCGGCUUGUGGGUUUAUCUCGGAUGUCGAUAUGAGGGACAAACUCACUGCUUUUAUUCUGAAGCAUCCUCCAGAACAAAAGAAAUCUUCGAGAAAGAAAUCUAUGAGGAGA